GUGAUAUAACGAUCAGAUGUAAAGCUCUAUAAAUACUGAACUCUCUCGCUGUUCUGUACCUUGAACACAAGUUCCACGCUUGAGACCAAACAGGUUUAAACUGAGAGAAUGCAUGCUCUUCAGGUUCUGUCUCUUACUCUGCUGUCUGUGCUGGCGGUCAGUGCUCAGUCCAUCGGCUCUGGAAAAUGCCCACAGCCUCCUGUUCAGCAAAACUUUGAUCUUACUAGGUACAUGGGCAGAUGGUAUGAGAUCACAAAGAUUCCAGCCCGGUUCCAGUUGGGAGACUGUUGCCAGGCCAUUUACACUCUCCGUGACGGUAUUGUCUUGGUUCGAAAUGAACAGCUUCUUAAUGGCACUUACAGCUUCACUGAUGGAACUGCCAAGAUUGCAGAUGCAUCAGAGCCUGCCAAACUUGAAGUCCGCUUCUUAGAUGCUCCUCCGGCCCCCUACUGGGUGCUGGCCACUGAUUAUGACAACUACACCCUGGUUUACUCUUGCUCUGAUUCUGCCGGUCCCUUUUACUCUGAGUAUUCCUGGAUCAUAAGCAGAACCCGCACACUUCCUAAAGAGACCGUCUCUGAGCUGUUGGAAAUCCUCAAAUCCCAUGGCAUCAGCACUGAGAGUUUUACUGAGACUGACCAGAGACCGGAGCUGUGCAGCGUUAUGCCUUAAUAGAGCUGCCUUAUUUAAUGAACUACUGUGAGAUGUGUUGUGGUCUAAUUAUGUUUUAAAGAAACAACACAAAUGUCUUUACAUCCCCAAAAUAUUUCUUAAUCAGUGGUCUGUUGCUUGAUAAUGUUAAUGCAUCUAAUUAAAGUCAAUACUGAAUUGUAUCAUUAUGUAAACUAAAGCUUUUAGUUUAAUCAUAUUAAUGUAUUUCUGAUGUCACUGUUCGUCCUUCAAACAGUUGAAUGAUGUCUACAAAAUACCUCAGUUGUUCCCUAUGCAGACUUUGAAUAAAUAUUA